AUGGGUUGCUGCUGUUCAACAAGGCCAGAUCCUACAAUAGAAAAGGGUCUUUCAAGCAUGUCUACUAAAUCUCUGAGGUCAGAAAUCGAUAGCAAUACUAGCAUCCCCGAAGCGCCUAUAAGAAGAAAAAAAACAAAACGUAUGCCUCAGCUCUCAGCAAGGCAUACAAGUAAUUGAUCCUCGCAACCUUCAUCGCCAAGAGGAAGGUCAAGAUUGUCAACUUUAAAAGCAGUCUCUACCAAGACAUCCCGUGCAAAUUCUCCUAAAAGCCUAUCCUUCAAAAACUUUUCGCAAAAUUUUUUAAAAGAAUCAAUUAGAAUUAAUUACACGACAGUCAGAAAGCUGCACAAAGGAUUUUAUGGAGAAAUUUCGCUAGCAAACGAUAAAAGGACUGAGAUAAAAAAAGUUAUUAAAGAGUUCAAAAAAUCGGUAAUACCAGAAAAUAUACAUGAAAAAUUUAUAAUGGAAAUCCAAAAAUUUCAAUGCCUGGUAAAUAUUCUAAUUUACUAGAAAAGCCUAUUAAGGGCAUUUUUGGUUGGCUAGAGGCUUGCCAAAUUUUUUGGCAUACAUAUUUUUAGUAACGAAAAUUAAAAAUGGCGACCAAAAAUGUUCCUUAAAGGGCUAUUCUUAUUAAACAUGCAUAUAAUUUAGGAUCAUCCAAACGUAGUUAAGUUGCUUGAAGUGUAUGAUACAAGAGAAAGCUGGCUUUUGGUUUAUGAGUUCUUCUCCGGAAGCAGCUUGCUUGAUAAGGCUAAUGAAAUUAUAGGGAAUUCGUUGGCAUGCUCAAUAAUGCAAGAUAUUUUAAGCGGCUUUAAAUUAUUGCCAUAGGAAUAAAAUUGUCCAUUUAGGGCUAAAUUUUGAAAAAAUUAUUUUGGAUUCAAAAGAUGGGAGAAUUAAUUGCAAAAUAAUUGGCUUUUCCUAUCCAUGAGAAUUAGAAGAUUUAGUGAAAUUUAAUGAAGUGGUAAAUUUUAUUUAGACAUAUUUUAUGGCUCCUGAAAUAUUAA